AUGACACUUAACUUAAACAAAAAAAUAUUUGACUUGAAAUUAGCUGCCAAACAAAUAACGAGAAAUUCCAAGAAAUUGAAAAAACAAGAGGCCAGAGAAAUUCAGAUGUGUUUAAAGCGUGUAAUGCACGGUGAACUCGAAAUCGGGAGGGUGCAUGCAGAAAACGCGGUGCGAAACCAUAACCAGAGUUUGAAUUUGUUAAACCUCGGGGCCCGUUUACAAGGAGCGCUGAACAUCCUGGAAGCAGCCACCGUGCAAAACGCAGUAUGGACAUUUACAAUUUUUGAGGGAGGAUGA